AUGGCAGGCCGUCUCUGGUAUAGAGGCCCUGAGUGGCAAGAAGCAUGGGACUAUUGGUUCAAGUGGACAGACGAGCAUCUCACAUCUGACGACCUUCGACCGUUGAUUUACACGUACGAUGAGCUGGGAGCCCAGGCCCUGGACCGCCUCGAUGAGAUAUCACCGCCAGCCAAGCCCCCUGCACCCAGCGAGAAAGGAGACAACUCUCCCAAGGAGAAGUCUCCCCAUAGAGACUUAUACGCCCUCCUCAAAGACAAUGCAAAUUCGGAUGAGAUACUGGGAAAACUCUGGACUGAAAUCAACACGAUUCCGGACUGGGUAGACUGGGCCCAGAUCGAACGCGGGCAAAAGGUGUUUGUCCGUUACGCCGGGCCAGCUAUCUUCUCCCUCACGUUCCAGUCCCUGGUAGGCGGCUUCGGCGGCCGCCGCGUGGUCGAAACCCUCGCCCGCACCGGCGGCUUCGGUGUCAAGGUCACCCGCCGCCGCCUCCUCGAGACGUUCCAGCACAUCCUCCAGGUGACCAGCGACCUGCCCUCGAUCCAGCCCGGCGGCGCCGGCUUCGCCUCCUCCGUCCGCGUCCGCCUGCUCCACGCCGCCGUGCGCCGCCGCAUUCUCGCCCUCACCCGCGAGAAGCCGUCCUACUACGACGUAGAGGCGUGGGGCAUCCCCGUCAACGACCUCGACUCCAUCGGUACCGUGUCCACCUUUUCCGCGACGCUCAUCUGGAUCGGCCUCCCGCGGCAGGGGAUAUACCUCACGGAGCAGGAGAAGGAGGACUACGUCGCGCUGUGGCGCUGGGUGGCGCAUGUGCUGGGCACGCCGACGGAGGCAUUCGAGAGCGUGAGCCGGGCGCGGGCGAUGAUGGAGUCGCUCAUGGUCUCCGAGAUUGAGCCCUCUGACACCUCGAGGGCGCUGGCGAAUAAUGUCCUGUCCGGGCUGUGCAACCAGCCGCCGUCGUACGUGUCGCGGGACUUUUUGGCGGCGGAGACGUACUGGCUCAACGGGGCGAAACUCGCGCGCGCGCUGGGGAUCGAGAGACCGCCGUGGUACUACAACCUGUUGGUCGUCGGGCAGUGCAUCUUCUUCAUGGUCAUGUGCUAUUCCCACCGUCUAUUUCCCGGGUGGGACGAGACUCGGAACAAGAAACUCCAAAAGGGCCUCUUCAACAUCACAAUCAACAAGCCCGAGCUCGGCGCCCUGGGCAAGGAGACGAACUUCGAGUUCCAGUACAUCCCGACCCUCGACAUGAUGUCCACCGAAGCCGCGAGCAGAACGUACCACCUCACCCAAAACAACGACAACAACAAGACCACCAACGGCAACGGCUCGUCCCCCGCCGCCGCGCGGGUGAGGCUCGUGCGCAAGACGGAGCGCCGCAACCUUGCCUCGCUCAUCCUGGCCUCCGUCGCCGCGGUGCUGCUGGCUUGGCUGGGUGUGAGGAGCGCCUCAGCGCUGUUUGGGAGCUUCGCCGGGAUGGCGCCGUCGGGCUGGCGUGCGGUGAUUUAG